UACUGUAUAUAAUGAAAUGAAAGCAAACACGCAUGUCGUCAUUGUAUAACGAGGGUGUUACGCCAAUGCCACUUGUGAUUUGAGGUUCAAAGAAUAAUACGACAUUAUUGGAAUCCCUGUCGCUUACCGGGAUCAUUAUUUAAAGGAUAAAAACGACACAUCGUUCUUAAAGGAAGAGGUUUGCCUACUUCCUCCAUGAUCCAUCGCCACAGCUGCAGGCUCUGUCCAUAACCAAAAUCAAUGCAAAACGAGCUUCGGUAGGGUUUGCAGAGGACUCGAAGAAAUCAAACUGAUGGGACGCCACGGCGCUAUAGAGGCGGCGAAGACGGUCAUCGAGGUGGCCGACGUGGCCUGGAAAGCCAUGGAAUUUACCCAUCACCAUCAACUCCACAACCACAACCACGAAAAUCAGGAAAAGGACGCCAAGUGUGCGACGAUAGACGAAGAAUUGGAGUCCUUAAGAUCCGAAAAUCAGCGUCUAAGGAACCAGCUGGAGCAGAAUUUGAAACUUCUCCAAAAUUUAUCCGAAUCGCCUUGCUUGUUAAAUGAUUGCCCCCCUGAUCUAUACAGCCGCCUAGUUGCUACUGUGGAUUCUGAAAACUUCUUGGUUCGACUUAAAUCCCUUCAGCAGGCUUCAGCUAACAAAACUAUGAUUGAAUUCCCUUUCAAGGAGGCUACAGGGGAUGAUAUUCAUUCUGCUGAAAUUCUGAUUAAUGUCUCUCAUGAAGAACCUAGUUGGUGGGUCUGGGUCACAGAAGAAAUGGUUCCCAACCAGGUUGAAGAACAGAGUGGAAUUGAUGAUGAAAAUUAUGUAGUUGUUACUGAGGAACAUGUGGUGGAUGGUGUUGCCAACUUUAUGGCUAAAUGCAUUUUGUCAAAUCCAAAGGCUAAGAGUAUGACACCGGAGGAGCUGCAAAAGACUGUGGCAAAAGCAUUAGGGGGUGUGAGCAAAUUUGAGAAGAUAUUAGAUAUUUGGCAUGCAGGACAGCUGUUUUAUACCUUGGCUACCUGGGGACUUGCCCUGUGGGGGUUGUAUCGGAGUCGAGGUGUACUAAAACUCGCUGCAAAGGGCGUUCACACCACUAGCAAAGUGGUUUUAAGGGCAAUUUGAAGAAAGCCACUCUAUUGCAAUGAGCAAAAUAAAUUAUAAAUUUGUAAUACUACAUUAAUUAUGUGGGACCAUCUAGUGUCAUCCUGUGUGCAAAUUCUAUUUAAUUCCUCUUUUCUAUCAAUGUAAAUUCUUGUAAAUAUCAUUGGUUUCCACUUCUACUCCUUUCAAUAAUUGAAUUGAUUGAUUUAUUCUCCUUGAUGAUUAGGAGGAUGUAAUUUCUUGUA